CGCUAAUUACUCUUUAACGAGUGGAGUUCGAAGGAAAUUGCAUAGGUUCUUUUUUGUACCUGACAACUAGAGCUACAACUUUGUGUUUGAAGCAUUCUUCGUUCGAAUAAAAAUAACCUUUUGCAAUAAACAUUUUUCUUAAUUACUCUUUGAUAAAAUAUUAAAGGGACACAAACCUGUACAAUCAGCGGCUAGUAAUCCUACGACCAGCUAUCCGUCCGUCUGUAGAUCUCUCGUUUAACGACGAAUGGUUUACCGAGUUGCUUUAUUAUCGAAGCACUUUCAUGCGAAACGUUGAAGCGUUGAAAUAACAAAGAGAACAAAUUCUUAAAUUGUAAAAUCUCGUCCUGCACAUUUAUCCUUAGUGUAUAUACUAAAGACAAGUAUAAAAAUGAUGUGGAAAGCGUAGUUAACAUAACAGACAUUAUCCAAUGAAAAAUGAUCAUCACUGAAAUUCACUGCAUUCCGGUACGACAUAGUUCGUGGAACGUCAGACCAAUUAAAUUGCAGAGAAUUCAAAUUUGAACGGCAACGGCGUUUGUGGCACGCCAUAACGUGAACGUGAACUGUCGUCCAAUGUGAGAGUGAAGCGUCCAAAUAUUUAUUCUACAAUUUACUGUUAAUGAUCAUUUAUAAUCUAAAGUUAAUAUGUCAGACAGUAUAAAAGUCGCGAUUAAAGUGAGGCCCUUGAUCAAACGUGAGAGAGACGACAACUUGUCGAUACAAUGGACGGUGCAAGGGAACUCUAUUAUUUCCACAGAUCCUGAAAUGAAAAGACGCGGCGAUGGAGGAUUUGUAUUUGACCAUAUUUUUGAUAUGCACGCAACCAACUCGGAUGUGUUUAAUACCGUCGUACAACCCAUUGUCAAUGCUGCUGUGAGCGGUUUCAAUGGUACAGUAUUCGCAUAUGGCCAGACAAGCUCUGGAAAAACAUACACGAUGUUGGGUGACAGAGAUGAACCAGGAAUCGUACCACUUGCAAUAGAACACAUGUUUGAUGCUAUUGCAAAUACUGUUGGACGUGAAUUUUUGUUAAGAGUAUCCUAUUUGGAGAUAUACAAUGAAAAGGUCAAUGAUCUCUUGAACAAAAGUGGGACUGACUUAAAGUUAAAGGAAGAUGCAACUGGGCAGGUGAUUUUAAAAUGUAAAGAAGAAAUCACGAACUGUCCUCAAAAUGUGUUGACCAUAAUGAAGAAGGGAGAUAAAAACAGAAGGAUAGGAGAAACUAACAUGAAUGAACGGAGCAGUAGGAGUCACACCAUAUUUAGGAUUACCAUCGAGAGCAGAGAGGCAGGCUCGAAUUCAGAUGGUGCAAUACAGGUAUCACAACUAAAUCUUGUAGAUCUCGCUGGUUCUGAGAGAGCCCGACAAACUGGCGCGACCGGUGAAAGAUUUAAGGAAGGACGACACAUUAAUAUGUCUUUAUCGACGCUUGGCUUGGUGAUCAUGCAAUUAAGCGAAUCGCAGGAUGUCCAGAAACACGUAAACUUCCGCGACAGUAAAUUGACGAGAUUACUCCAGAACUCGUUGGGCGGUAAUGCUAUGACAACAAUAAUAUGCGCUGUGACACCUGCCGCUUUAGAGGAAACUCAGUGUACUUUGUCUUUUGCAUCGCGGGCUAAAAGUGUGAAGAACAAGCCACAAGUUAACGAAGUCAUGUCUGAUGCGGCUCUUCUGAAACGUUACGCGAAACAACUGACUAAGCUUCAAGAAGAAUUAGAGAAAGUGAAGAAUGAGAAUAAGUCGGCACAGGUCGAGGAAAUGGAGUCGAAGUUGUUGGAGAAAGAACGUGUUAAUCAAUUGCUAGAAGAACGUAUAGAAGUAUUGAAAACUCGUAUCGUUUCUGGAGACGUGGAGGUUGAAGAAGAGUCAUUGCCCAAUAAGAACAAAUACAAGAGGAGACAGACGUGGGGCGGUCCAGGAAUAAGAAUGUUGAAACAGCUUCCGUCUGUCUGUCAGUCGGCAAAAUCUUUGCCGACCAUAAAAGAAGUGUCAUUUGAGAAGCCCCAACGAAAGAGUAUCUUAAAAUCUAUGGAUCUAAUGAACCAAACGUUUCAAACAGCUUUCGCCGAUUUUGAAUUGGAACUGUAUGAAAGUGAGAGAACCCGCGAAUCUAGGGACAAUGCAAGUGACAGCGACGAAGAACCGUUUAUAACGAAACGUGGUACCCAGCGCGUUACAUUUCAAGACGAUGUAUUUAUCAUAAAAACACCUGAGAAGUGCAACGUGUCCAUUCAGGCUUGCUCUCCUGGUACACCGCAGCAUGUUUUACGACAAGAUAAUAUGAAUCUAAGAAAAGAGUAUAAGGAACUUUGCGAAUUUACGACGUUGGAAAAGCAGCUGAUAUGUCAAGAAAAGCAUUGUCGGAUACACGGAGAAGAUGGACAAAGUAGAUCGACCUUAGAGAACUUUAAGACAGAUAUUGCUCCAGAAAUAAUGGAGCAACUUAAAGAUCUGAAUCUUAUGCAAGAGAAAGAUGUAAGUCAUGUAAUUACUCAAUUAUGCACCAAGUUGAAUGAAAUUGAAAAACAAAGUAUCUUAGAAAAGGAGUCGAAUAAUAAAAUGACGAAACAGUUCUCAGAACUUGAGAGGCAAAUAGAAAAUAUUACUUCGGAAAGGAACGAAUUUGAGCACAUCAGUCGUGAAUUGCGAGCAGAAUUGAAGAAGAAAACAGCAGAGCUGGCGUUGAAGAACAUGUCUGAAGAAGCUAUAAGGCAAGAAGAAAUGAAAAAGAUUUCGGACAUCAAGCAGCAACUUGAAAUUGUUACCUCAGAGAAAACUAAACUCGAAUGUGCUAACGUUGAUCUGCGUACCGAGUUGACUAAACAAAUGGCAGAAUCGCAAAAGCAAAUGGAAAAUAUUACUGCCGAGCGUAACGAGUUCGAGUACAUGCGCCGAGAAUUGCACUCGGAGCUGAAUAAAAAGUCCGUCGAAUUAGAAAAAUUACGAAGUAAUUUUAACAGUAUGAGUUCAGAUAUCGUUAAUAAUAAGAUAGUAGAAUUAGAGACAGAAAUGCUAAGCAUGAAAUCAGAAAGAGAUAAAUUAGAACAGGAAGCAGGCGAUUUACGCGCCGAAUUAAAUCGAGUGUCCUCGGACUACGGAACGAAAAUUGCUUUAGAGCAAAAAGAGAAGCAAGAGACGGUCCAAAAAUGUUCCGAAUUAGAAAAGUUAGUAGAACUAAUUACUUCGGAGAAGAACGAGUACGAGCGUGUGAACAUCGAGUUGAAAGCAGAGUCUGGUAAAAGGAUUGCAGAUUUGCAAUCGGAAGUCAAAUCAGAACGGAUGGCAAGAGAAGAAGCAGCGGAAAAAAUCGUGCGAAUGGAAACAGAAAUCGAACGUGUUGCUUCGGAAAAAAAUGAACUCGAACGCAUAAACAGGGAAUUGAACGAGAAUGUCUCAGAGUUGAAAUCCACGAUUGCAUCGCAUGAAUCGGUAUACCAGCAAGCAGUUGACAAGAUUUCCAAAUUGGAGAAAGAGCUUGUUGACGUGGUUUCCGAGAACGAUAAGCUUAAAGAGACAAACACUGAAUUGGAGAAAAAAGUUAAUGAAACAGAUACUUCGUAUGCGAAACAAACUGUACAAUCUGUUACGGAGAUUUCCGCAUUGAAAGACGAAUUGGAAAACGUAAUCUCUGAGAAAAACGAGUUCCAGCGUAUCAAUAGUGAUUUGCAAACCAAGUUUGACGAAAAAAUAUUAGAAUUUGAAACUAUGACAACGACUCAACAGAUGGAAAAUGAGAAAGAAAGAAAACAGAUUUCUGAACUGAAGAAACAAAUUGCGACGAUUAUAUCGGAGAAACUCGAGCUCUCGCAUGUUAAUAAUAAAUUACGCAACAAAUUGAGUAAAAUUACUUCGGAAUUAAAGGAAAAAAUAAAGAUAGAGAAGACGGGAAACAAAGAAAUGAUGGAAAUGAUUGCCGAUCUAGAAAUCGAGUUUGAACACAUAACAUCCACAAACACAGAUUUCGAAUGUGCUGUUAAAGAGUUGCAGCAAGAACUGGACCGACGAACAUCUGAAUUGGAAUCGGAGCAGAUCGAGAAGCAGAAAGCGCUAGAGAAGAUAUUUGAGCUGAACAAACAAAUUGAUUGUAUCACAACUGAACGAAACGAGUUUGAACGUCUUAAUAAAGGAUUGAACGAUGAAUUGAAGAAGAUUUCUGAAUUCAAAAUGAAAUUAACACAUCUGGAAACGACAGACAACAUUUGUAAAUUGGAAAACGAAAUUGAACGAAAAAUUGGAUUUGGAUGUCUCGAUGAAACAAAUGAUGAUGAUGAAAAAGAAACUUCGGCUGUCUCGAGGAAAAGAGAUGCACAUGUGCACGAAAAUCAAAAUUUGAAUAAUUAUGUGAAUGACUUGGAACAUAGUGUGACGAACUUCCGAAUUGAGAAUGAACAUUUACGAAAACGAUGGAGGAAUCGUUCUAUUCUACCGAUGAACGAGAGCAACGCAAAUAUUUCAAACUUGAUAUUGGAAGCAGAAAAGAGUCAACUAGAAGAGAGUCUUCACUUGAAAAGUCAGGAGUUGGAAGACAUAAAAAUUAUCAUGGAAGACAUGACUAAAUUACAAGAGAUUAUCAAUCUGUUGACAAAUGAGAAUAUGGAGAUGGCUACCAAAUUAAACACUGAACAAGAAAAAGCAGUACAGACAGAGGCCAAUCUGCAGAAAACAAUCGACGAAUUAUACACGCGAAUUUCUGAAAUUACCAAGGAAAAGAUCAUUUUGGAGAACGAGUUGCAGGCAUUGAAAGAGCAACUAGACUCGAUCCGUUCGCAAGUGUCGGAAAACCAAGACGAGCAACAGUUACUAAUAUCGUAUCAAACAAAGAUCGAUAAAUUAACAGCAGAGAACAUCGAAUUAUCGAUGUCUAUAACGGAGAAGAAGAAAGAAUUGGAUAACAUUAAAGAAAGCAAGUCGCUCUUGUACGAUCACGAAUGCAUCCAUAAGGAGAAAGUAGUAAUUCUUGAAGAACAAAAAAAGUGUUUGGUAAAUGAAAAUAACGAACUUUCUACGGACUUAAUGGAUACGAUAGAAGAAAACGAUAUGUUAAAGGAGCAAUGUAAUAUUCUGAAGAAUAAAUUGGAACAAUCAUCGUCGAUGAAGGGUGCUGAAAGUGAUGUAGAACUCUUGAAAACGGAGAAUAAUACUUUAAAAGGAGAGCUUGCAGAGUUGAAGACAAAAAUAACAAUAUUGUCCGAAGAGAACGCGAAAUUCUCUACCAGUUUGUUCGAGACUGUAGAAAAUCUUGAUUCUUCCUACAAUGAAAAAGUUCUGAAAGAUUCAUUACAAUUGUCGGCAAUAUUUGAUGUCGACGAAAGCGAUAUUAAGGAGGAAGAAGAAACCCGUGAAACAUUGAUACUCAAAGUUGCAACAUUACAAACUAAAAACGAUCAUCUAAAGCGUUUGAAUAAAAAACUUAGCGACUUGAAAUUGACUUCUUGCAACCAAUGUGCACACAUGAGAAACUUGACCGAGAAUCGCAGAGCUCUUAAACUCGAAGUAAAUGCCUUGAACCAAAGGCUGAACGAUUUGCAGAAAAAGUACGAUCGCAAAUGUGUGAACACUCAGAUUGAGAUUAAUCAAGAGCUCAACACGAGCGUGCAUAAUAUGUCGUUGAACUUCAGCUUCGUGGACGAAACGCAUGUAAGCGUUGUGGAGGAAAAGAUACAGAGUUUAAACAACGAACUGCAAAUUUUGAAAGAUGAUCACGACAAAUUAUCAAUUUUGUACGAGGACAAAUGUACUGAACUGGACCGACUUCAAAAUGUCCAAAUCGCACAUUCGCCUAACAAGUCUAAAUCAAGAAAAAGCUUGGGUAAAGAUAGAAACAGACUAGAACACAUGCAGAGUUUCAUUGACCAACUGAGGAACGAAAUGGAUCAGAUUAAGAAAAAUAGUACUAUUUUCGCUGACACGCUUAACGAUUGUAAAACUGAGAAACUCAGUUUGUUGGACGAAAUAAACAGUCUGAGAGACGCUAACAAGGAAUUGCAGCAGAAGAUGGAAAAUAACGAAAAUACGGCAAUGAAGACAAUACAAAUCCUGGAAAAUGAGUUGAGCAACAUGAGUAAGGCGACUGAACAAUUUUCUGCGCGAGAGAAAGAACUGGAGAGUCAAAGAUUGAUGUUGGAGGUAGAAGUAGAAAGUUUAAAACUUGAGGAACAGAACAAAAAUGAUACGAUUACUAAACUGAACGAGCAGGUAUUAUCUUUGAGAACUGAAUUGGAUUUAGUCACAAGUCAGAAAAACGAGUUAAUGGAUUCGAACGUAAUUGAACUGAAAAAUAAAGAAUUAGAAUGUCUGAAGAAACGGUGUGAGGAACUAGAAAAAGAAAAAGAGCAUAUUCAAGAAUCAGAACAGCAAUAUGUGCAAAGAAUCAAAGAGUUAGAAACUUAUAUAAACGAUCUUCAAAAGAAUAUAACAAAUCAGCAAUUCUACUGUAAAGAACUCGAAGAAAAAGGCGCUUACUAUGAGAAACUUUUACAGGAGAGCGAACAAGGAGCAUACAUUCUUACACAAAAAUUGCGAGAAACCGAAGCCGAAGCAAUGAAUUUCAAGAAUAAUUUGGAGAUAAAGUAUAAAAACGAAUUUGAUUCGAUGAUUCAGCAAUAUCAGCAGCGUAUCACAGAAUCUGAAAACAAUUUACAAAAGUUGAACGAUACUUUGAACAAGUAUAUCGAUGAAAACAUGAAUAUGUCGCGAGAGCUUGGUAAUCUGCGAAACGUCAAGGAGAAACUGAAUGAAACGAUGGCUGAGAAAGAACGUAUAUGCGAACAACAAAAAGUAUUGAUGGAUGAUAACGAGAAGCUUAAUUGGGAAGUGAACGAUAUAAAAAAAUGCAUACUUAAGGAAUUAAAAUCGUUAAUAUCCAACGUGAACCCCGUCGACUAUUCAAAGAAGCCUAUAACCGAGAUCUUCACAGUUUUGUUACAGACAUUAAUAUCGAAAGAAGCGGAAGUAAUUAAAACCAUGCAAGAAACGCACGAGAAGGAAAAGCGAAAAUUGGAAGAAGAAAAACGACAAUCCUUAGAUACGGAAAAACGUUCCUCUGUGUGGGCCAAAGAAUUGGAAACGGACAUGGAAAAGUUACAGAUCGAAUUAACAGAACGGGAACGUAUGCAUAAAGAAUAUCAGAACAAGGUCUCUCAGUUAGAAUAUCUUUUGAUAGAAAGUACUCGUGAGAAAGAAAUUAUGAAAGAGAAGAUCGAGUCACUGGAAACAGAUUUAAGUAAUUUGCAAGCGGAUUUUGAUAGACGGUGUAAGGUCGACAAUCGACAAGGAGAAGCGAUUGUCCAGAGAAAGGAGAAGGAAACACAGGAGCUAAUAAAAAUCAAGGAGGUGGAAAUGCAGUCGAAGAUUAAAUGCGAAAAAGAGAUGUACGAGAAGAAGAUCGAUAAUCUGACCCACGCUAUAGAGUCUUACAAAACAAAAAUUUUGGAAUUAAAUGAUACUAUCGAGGGUCUCGAAGCGAACGAAAAACAAUUGAAAAACAUCAUCGAAGCUAAUUCGAUGGAAAUAAAAAGAAAGAACCAAAAGUUGGAAUCGAUGCAUGCAGAGUUCGAACAGCUCGGGCAAACUUGUAACCAGAUGAGUCAAGAGAUAGAACAGAAGAAUGCGCGUAUUGAAGAGAUUGCAGUUGUUCUGAAAGAUAAAUGCGACAUGUUAUCUGCGUAUGAAGCAAAACUUGAAACUAUUGAAUACGAAUAUGAAUCGUUAAAACAGCACGUUAAAGAUCAAAGAUCUGUCAUAGAACGAGGCAAGGAAGACAUGCAAACAUUGAAGAAGGAAAGCGAAGAACAAUUGGAAAUCAUCAAAGACAAGUUAAAUUCGGAAGAAGUAAAGAAUACUGGACUGAAAAAACAAUUAAAUGAGCUGAACAACAAAAAUGUUACACUGAUAGAAGAAUUGAACGAUCUGAAAGAGAGAUACGAACAACUUGAGGAGGCGAAUAUAAAAUUAGAGAGGAAAAUUAGAAACAGUACUAGCAAGAUUAAAGCGGAAGCUGAAAUGGAGGAGUUGCGAGAGUUGAAUAAAAGAUUACAGCAAAAUUUGGAAGGUGCAACCAAUCGUGUAACAGAGUUUCAAGAGGCUAAAAAUCGAACUUUAAGAGAUUUGGUCGAUGUAAAGACGAAAUAUGAGCUUGCAGUACAAGAAAACGAGGAAUUGAAAAUGACGCUUUCAUCGUACAAAUCAAAGUACUCGAUUUUGAGUUCAUCCAUGGACGAAGGCAAAUACGAUGACCUUCUUCUAGAAAAAAAUAGGAUUGCGUUAGAAUUGGAAGGCAAAAAAAUAGUUUUGAGUCAGAAGGAAAACGAGGUAAAACAGUAUGCUAAUCAGAUCAAGCAAUUGACUGAGAAGAAUAAAGAACUGGAUGAAGAACUAGAAGAAUAUGGUGGAAUAAUUAGAGAACGAGAUGCUGAGAUCUCCAGACUGGAAGAGAAACUAUAUUCUCGCUUAACUGAAAAUGUGCACAUCAAUGAACUAGAGGUAGAAUUGAAAAAGCUUCGAGACGAAAAUCAGGAACUUCGGGACCAAGCUGAUGCGCUUAAGAUGAGACUACAAAUGGAUCCAGAAAAGGACAACUCGCAAAAUACGAAGAUUAUGGAAGGCACGUACAACCGCGUGAAAGAGCUUGAAGAAGAAAGAAAUAGAGCCGUGAAAGAAUUAAAGAUGCAUAAAUUAUUAUUGAAUCAGAGAGAAACUGAACUUAAAGAUGCUAUGAAAAGGCUGCGAGAUUUAACAGAGAAAAAUAAAGAUAUCGAUAAUGCCGAAAUCAAUUCAAGAAUAGAUUUGCGUCAACCGGAAGGCGAAUUGGACAACGACACGAGAAAGAAACUGGAGUAUCUCGUGGCCGAGAAUAAAAAACUUAAGCACGAAAUUAGAAUGCUUCAAGCGACUUCAAGAACAUUCAAUGAAUCAAGUACAUCGAACGAUGGUGGAAAAAUGAGACAAAAUACGUCAACAUUUUAUAAAAAUAACGAGGUUGAGGUGGAAUGCGAGCAAUUGAAGAAUAAGAUUCACGAGUUGGAGUUGCAACUGGUAUCAAAGAAUGGGCAAAUCGCAACUCUACAGUUACAGAUUCAAAGUGAGAAUUUCCCUUAUCAGAAGAAAUGUAAAGAAUUGAACGAAUUGGUACUCGCAUACCGUACUAAGAAUGCAAACUUGAUUUGCGAGGUAAAAUCGUUGCAGAGGUCUUUGAACGAUGUUAAGACGUGGGAAUGCGAUAUCUGUAGGAAAUGGCGCGUGAAUAGAGUAGAUCAAGCCUGUCAAACGAUACCAAAUAACGCAAUACGCUUUUGUAGUGUUAACAGUGGAGUCGUAGAGGAACAUAUGAAAAUUCAAAAGUUGGAAAAAGACAAGAUGUUCUUGAAAAAUGUAUGCCGUUCCCGAGCUCGAACAAUAAAACAAUUAGAGGACCGAAUGAAAGAGUUGGAAGAAACACGAAGUCAUUGUGAUUCGCGAUCGAAUAAAGUAUUACACGACAAAACUAAUCAAUAAUAUAACGACUUUACACAGUUGACACACGAUAGUGAAUAAUGAAUGUGAAUUUCGGAGAAAGAAGAAAAAUUACUAUCAUAAUCUGCUCGUCUUAAUAAUAUGAGAACUGUAGAUACAUUUAAUAUGUAAGGUUGUACAUAGUUAUUGUAAAGUAGAGACCUAUACGUACAUAUAUAUUGUGAUUUAUAUUAAAAAUAAAUAUUAAAGUGUGAGUUUUUUACAAGUAAUAAAUUAUAAUGCAAUCUAUCCUGUGUGAGGUUAUUUUUAUUAAAAUAGAGAAACUGAAAGUAACUAGUUUGCUGUUUCUCUCAG